AUGACUUUCAAACUCUUUCCCGUAGCGAUGCCUUUUCUCGGUGCGGGGUUUUCUUCAAACCAUCUAAGAUUCAGCAGACAUUCCACAGCUUCAUGUCUUCUGAUGCUUCUACAUAGUCUACGACUGGGUGAAUGGGUGGGUACUGAAGAAGUAAGAAGAGAAUUGUUGAUAUCAGAUGAGUUUUCAAAAGAAACAAAUCAGAUUGCUGCUUUCAAACGAGAUGGCAAAUCAGUAGUGUGGAAUGAACAGCUUAUUUCUUAUGCCUCCCCACUAUUAGUAAGAACCAUAAUAAUUGCCAUAACACUGAUUUCGGCUUUUAGAGAACGACAAAAAAAUGAUUUUAGUGGAAAUCUCUGUCAUGUUGUACAAAUGUCUUUGUGGUUGUCACUAACAGAACCACAACGUCAUCGGGAGAUGAGACGAAGCACUUUGUGUGGAAAAUUUCAACUAUGGCAACUCAUAAGAUUCAUUACAAAACCCAAAAGAAACAUUCAGAGCGAAAGAAAAACAUAA